AUGUCCGAGUUGUACAUUCGGGUGGCCGAAGAUGAGAACGAAGAGCCGAUGGAGAUCCCCUCGGAGGACGACGGCACGGUUCUGCUCUCGUCUGUCGCGGCCCAAUUUCCAGGGGCGUGCGGUCUUCGCUACAGGAACCCCGAGUCCCAGUGCAUGCGCGGAGUCCGGCUUGUGGAGGGCGUCCUGCACGCUCCGGAGAGCGACUGGGGGAACCUGGUCUACGUGGUCAACUACCCCAAAGACAACAAAAGAAAGAUGGAGGAAAUAGACGCUGCUUCAGCUGUGAAAGUCAAACGGGGUUAUCAGAAAACAUCAGACCUGAUUGUUCUCGGCCUGCCCUGGAAAACCACUGAACAAGACCUGAAAGAUUAUUUCACCACUUUUGGCGAGGUCAUCAUGGUACAGAUCAAGAGGGAUGCAAACACUGGGAACUCCAAAGGGUUUGGCUUUGUGCGUUUCACCGAAUAUGAAACCCAAGUUAAAGUGAUUUCUCAGAGACACAUGAUAGACGGACGAUGGUGCGACUGCAAGCUCCCCAACUCCAAGUCAUUUACAGAUGAGCCCAUGCGGAGUCGGAAAAUCUUUGUGGGCCGCUGCACGGAGGACAUGACCCCCGAUGAGCUGCGACAGUACUUCAUGCAGUACGGAGAAGUCACGGACGUCUUCAUCCCCAAACCCUUUCGGGCCUUUGCGUUCGUCACCUUCGCCGAUGAUCAGGUGGCCCAGGCCUUGUGCGGAGAGGACCUGAUCAUCAAGGGCGUCAGCGUGCACAUCUCUAACGCCGAGCCCAAACACAAUAAUAGUAGGCAAAUGAUGGAGAGGGGUCGAUUUGGGGCGGGCGGUUUUAGUCAGGCGUAUGGCGCGAGUCGUGGCGGGCUGGGUGCAGGGGGUGGCGGAGGGAAGGGUGGGGUCAACUUCAGCGCCCUGGGUCUCAAUCCGGCCAUGGUGGCCGCUGCCCAGGCGGCGCUGCAGAGCAGUUGGGGCAUGAUGGGCAUGCUGGCCAACCAGCAGGGAAUGAGCACGGCGGCUGGGGGCUCGGCCGCCACCACCCGCGAUCAGACGUACAGCUCAUCCAGCGCCAGUUACAGCAGUUCCACCACUGCCGGGCUAGGCUGGCCUGCAGGCACUAAUUCUGCCUCAGGCGGCGGUGGUGGCGGUUUCAGCUCGGGCUUCAGCGCCUCCAUGGAGACAAAGUCUUCCAACUGGGGCAUGUAG